AUGAGAGGUGACUUCUCGAGCAUGAGUCAGUUGGUGGACUCUCACACCACCUCCAUUAAACAAAUAGAGCAGCAGUUGGGGCAACUCUCAGCCUCACUGAAUCAAAGAAAGAAUGGAUCACUACCAAGUGAUACCAUUCAAAAUCCCAAGAAGGACGGACACUGCAUGGUCAUCGCCACCAGGAUUGGUAAAGUUCUUUCUGAUCCUAUUUCUGCAGGUACCAAGUAUGAACAGGUCUUAGAGCAAGCUAGCAGAGAGAAGGAUGAGACUAUACAUGUAAAUGAUCUGGAGGAGGCCCAACCUAAAGCACAACCUGCGAGAGAAAAAGAGAAAGAGGUUCAGGAAAACCUGCCCUUACAGCAGAUUCCCAGACCACCUCCUUCUUUCCCUCAAAGGCUAAAAAAAAAAGCUGAAGAUGGAAAUGCCAUUGCUACCAGAUCUCUGGUUCAGAAAAAAGAGGAUCCAUGUGCAUUCACGAUACCAUGCACCAUUGGCAUAAAUCUGAUGCCUUUAGCCAUUUAUGAAAAGUUAGGUUUGGGAGUACCGAAACCUACAACAAUGAUGUUGAUGAUGGCUGAUAGGUCAGUAAAGAGGUCGGUGGGAAUCCUGUGUGAUGUACUGGUAAAGGUGGACACUUUCAUAUUUCCAGCUGAUUUCGUGAUUCUGGAUUGCAAAGUGGAUUUUGAGGUUCCUAUCAUCUUGGGAAAACCAUUUUUGGCUACGGGAAGAGCUUUAGUGGAUGUUGAGAGAAGAGAGUUGAAGUUCAGACUCAACAUAAAUGAGGUAAGGUUCAAUAUUUGUAGGUCAAUGAAACAACCAUGA